CCGUUUAAUUUAAUAAAUUAAGAUGUUCCUUUCCUUUCCCUGUGAAGUAGAAACUCAUUUGCACCAUUCCCAUGGCCUUAUCCUCACUAUCCCCUCCACCAACACAUGUUGUUACUCAUUCUUCAACCAAACUUUAUCUCUCUUAUUCCACAUCUCUUUCUUUCCCUUCUAUCCAAAAUCCUCAUAAUACCAACACUUGUCCUCUCAAUAAAAAAUGGCAGACCAAUGUUUCUUUCUUCCCUGCUUUCUUCAACAGGACCAAAGACCCUACACCCAUUAAACAAGAGCUUCUUCAGGCCAUUGCACCUCUUCAUCGUGGCGCUGACGCCACUCCUCAAGACCAGCAAAUAGUUGAUCAGAUUGCUCGCAAACUUGAAGCUUGCAAUCCAACAAAGGAGCCCCUCAAGUCAAGUCUUUUGAAUGGGAAAUGGGAACUUAUAUACACUACAUCAAAGUCAAUUUUACAGAUUCAGAGACCCAAGAUUUUGCGAUCUAGAUUGAACUACCAAGCAAUAAAUGUAGAUACACUUCGGGCUCAGAAUAUGGAAGGAUGGCCCUUCUUCAACCAGGUUACUGCAGAUUUGACUCCUCUGAAUGCAGAAAAGGUGGCAGUAAAGUUUGAUUAUUUCAAAAUUGCUGGACUAAUACCUAUUAAAGCUCCUGGAAGAGCUCGAGGUGAGCUUGAAAUUACUUACUUGGAUGAAGAAUUGAGGGUAUCAAGAGGUGAUCUUGGCAACUUGUUCAUUUUGAAAAUGGUUGACCCUUCUUACAAGGUCCCUACUUGAGAUGGUACUAUCAACUUUACUCUCCUCAGGGAAGUGUUACUAAUUAGUGUCACAUCUGAUAUCAUUCUAAGUCUGUGCAAAUGAUUCGCAAGUUUUCCCCCCUCCAAUUUAAGUCUACAAAAUUGCAUUAAAAAAGUGAGUAAUUUCAAAUCUGUGUACAUGCAAAUUUAUCACAAUUUCUUGUCAUAAUCAACAUGAGCUAGUAUUGUGUACAAAAAAGCACAUUUUUCUUCUCUUCA